GUCCUCUGCAAUCAAAUGGCAAAGCGUACCGACAGCGCGACUGUAUACCCCAAUGAGCUCACUUCUAGGCAGAAGAGUUGGAGCAAGUCGUCGGAAGACUCGCCGACCCACGACAGCGAUGAGAAAAAGCCUCUUGCCAGACGACACACUACCGAGAGCUUCAAGUCCAUCCAAGUUCGCAAGGUUCUUCAACAUGACAACAGUAACUGGCUAGAGUGCAGCAUCGGCGGAAGCACCACUGCUCAAGGUCCGGAAGCGUCGUUCACCUGCAAGAUGACGCCAAAGUCUGGUAAUGAUUCAAAUGAGCUUACGACAUUCGAAAUCGAAAGGUGCUGUAGGCGCAUCAUCGAAGACCUCAGCGCUCAUCGGGACGAGUCUGAUCAUCAUGUCUGCCGCUGCGACUUCGAAUACAUUAGAAAUUGCUCACAGGGCAAACCAGGUAUCUGCGACAAUGGCAGUAGGUACUUUUCGAAGUUGGUCUGGAAAGGCAUGCAGAGACAUGAUCAGUUGUGCGGAUGCGGCUGCUUUGACUUUGCGUCAUCUGGACAGCCCAAAAUCAUACCGAUCUGGACGUAUCACCCGGGUUUUAGAUGCAUAUCAUACUGGAGCCGUCGCAUCGACCAUCCGCGCGGAUUCUUCUGGCUACAAUAUGGUGUCAGUAGUGGCCCUCAGACCAACGGACCGGACUGCUCGUUUACUUGUAAGAUGGUUCCCAGAGGCGAAGAGACGCUCAUCAGCCUAAAUAAGAUACAGAAAUGCUGUGAGGAGAUAGUCACGGAGCUCAAGGUUCAUCGAGCCGAUGAGCGCUACAGUGGCAGGUGGGAACCAUGUCCACCUUGCGCUUGCGACUUUGAGUACAUCAGAGAAGGUCCACGAGGGAAGCCCGGCGUGUGCUGCUAUACCUGGAGCAAGAAGGCAAGCGCUGAGAUCGUGUGGUGGGCGAUGAAUCGACAUGAUAAACUCUGCUCAUGCGGCUGCUUCGACUUCGCUACCAGGCAAUUAUCCGUGGCCGACGCAGCAUCUUACGCAGACUGGAAGCGUCACCGCAAGUCCAAACCGUACUGGAGCCGAGAAGUCACUUUACCAAAUGGCAAGACCUGGCUCCAGUGCGGCGUCAAUAGCAAUUCGAAUCCAAACGCGGAGCCCAACUGCAUCAUCACAUGCAAAAGGNCAUUCAUAGCCGCGAACGGCCAGAAGGGUGUCAGAAAGAGCUGUAAGAAGGCUGCUGCUGACUUGGCGUCUCAUCUCAAGCCGACAAGAGCCUGCGCUUGCGAUUUCGAGUCGCUAACAAAUGGACAAGAAUGCUUCUCGGAAAGUAAACGGUGGUGGAAGGGACGAGCAACGAAGUCCAUUCAAUCAUGCAAAAACAAGCACGACAGAUAUUGUGCAUGCGACUGCUUUGAAUUUCUCCAAAAGAUUGAUGAAAAAAGUAAAAGAAGACAAAGCCUGUCAGAAGUCCGCCAGUGCCUACCCAGUCAAGCCGACCGAAGCCAGACACUCGGAAGGGUCGAGAUCAUCACCGCCGAGGCCGGAGCCAAAGCACUUGGUAUCACUCUAAGGCACCGGGGAUGUAUCUCAUCCGCCAGGUUGGAGUUCUGUGGCUCUUUUGAAGAGUUCAGAUAA